AUGUCCAGGCUUUCGUUCAAAGAAUUUGGUAUCCUCUCCGUUGACAUCUCAAUCAAUUAUAGCUUCUCAAAUUCCAGUCCUCCCCACACCCAAAAAAAGAGGUUCACGGCCCACUUGGCACAUUACACCAACAGUAAUAAUCGGCGGAAGGGACAGAGUUCUUAUCUUUGCCAUCUCCACCACCACCCACCCUUCGCCAUUACACCCUGCUGCUUAGUGGGCUUAGAAAGGUUAACUAGUUGGUUCUUCACACACUUGUCCAACGCUGUCACCCUCCCCAACCUCCUCCACACUCCCAAGGCGGCCACGAACUCCACCGCCGAGGGAGCCCAGGCCCGCCACCGGCACGACCCCUCCCAGAGACUCCCAGCCCAGGCGUCCUCCCGGGUCGGGCUCUGCACCCUCCCUCGCCGCAAACACCCGGAACGGGGCGGCCGGGCCGCAGCCGCAGCCCCAUUCUACCUCCAAACUCCAGAAGCUUCCCCACUCGUCCCGGGCUCCCGGCGCGCCCGACUCAUCGCUGGGCGGAUGAAGAGGGCGCGGCCCCGGCGCGAGGCCCUCUGCUGGGCCUUCGCUCGGAGCGACGAGCCGGGCGCUCACUCCAGCCGCCGCCGCCGUCGCCGCUGUUGCUGCGGCUUCGCCACCUUGGCCGCCAUCUUGACUCAACCCCCUCCUUUCCCUCCCCCCGCGCCCGGCGGCCUCGGCGAAGGCGGCUCCGACGCCGGCUCCUCCUCCUUCCGGAGGGUUGGGAGACUAUAUUUGUUAUCCUCAGGAAAUUACUACAAUCAAGGAGAGAUUCAAAAGAAAGACUUGCAGAGCUGUGAUGUUUGGGGGAUUCCAUCUUCUCAUGUAAUGAUUAUUGACAACAGGGACUUCCCUGAUGACCCAGGAGUGCAGUGGGACACGGAACGUGUGGCCAGCAUUCUCCUCCAGUACAUAGCAGUCAAUGGUAUCAACUUGGUGGUGACUUUCGAUGCUGGAGGAGUCAGUGGUCACAGCAAUCACAUUGCUUUGUACACCACUGUGAG